AUGGCUGAUCGCAACCGCUGUUUAGCCGGAACUACGCGGUCAGUGCCAAAUAAUAUUACCACACCCAAUACUUUAAUUGCUGGAAUCGCUGGAAUCGCUGCUUCGGAACCGGUCCACGCCCGGCUUGUGCACCACCGCCAGCAGGCCAGUGCUGGUCGCGCGCCGGCUGCUGGUGCUGGUGCUGGUGCUGCUUCGGAGCCUGCUGCCUGUUUCUUGUGCUGCUUUCUUUUCAGGACUAUCAGUGGCGUGUGA